AUGCGUUCGCAACUGUUGUCGCUUUGCGCCCUGGGCGCAUCGCUAAUUAGCGCGACUCCUGUCGACCUCGGCUGCUACGACGAGUCCGCCUUCAAGCCCGAGGACAUCAUCCAUCGCGACGUCCUCAUUGUCGGCGGAGGAGCCACCGGAACUUAUGCCGCUGUCCGUCUCCGGGACCAGAACAAGACCGUCGCCGUUGUCGAGCGCGCCGAGAGACUCGGCGGUCACGUCAACACCUUCAGAGACCCCGCAACCGGUGCUCCCAUCGACUAUGGUGUGCAGGCGUACAUCCAGAACAAUGAGACGACCCAAUUCUUUGAGCGCUUCGGGGUCCAGCUGAACACGUCCGCCCUGUCUCCCUUCCCGAGCACAGUCGUCGACUUCAAGACCGGCUUCGUCGUCCCCAAUGCCUCGGUCGUCGACCCCAACACCCUUGUCGGCCCUCUGGCGAACUACCUCUUCGCCACCCUUAACUUCGACUUCCUGGCCCAGGGUGCUUACGACAUCCCCGAGAAUGUCCCCGAGGACCUGCUGCUGCCCUUCGGACAGUUCGUCGAGAAGUACAACCUGACCGAGGUUGUCCAGGUCGUCUGGAUCUUCGCCCACGGUGUCGGCAACCUGUUGGAGACGCCCACGCUUUACGUUCUGCAGAAUUUCGGCCAGCCCCACCUGCUUGGUCUCUCCGCCGGUUACUUGUAUGCCCCUGGCGGUAACCAGCAGGUCUACGACAAGGCCGGGGCUUUCCUUGGAGACGACGUCUUGUACUCCAGCGUCGUGGUCGCCUCUAAGCGUACUGAUGAGGGUGUCACCGCCGUCGUUGCUUCCGCCACCGGCCGUAAGCUCAUCAAGGCCAACAAGCUUCUCCUCACCAUCCCUCCCACUGUUGAGAACCUGGCACCCUUUGACCUUGACGCUUCCGAAACUUCGGUCUUCGAGCAGUGGCAGGAUGUGCCCUAUUACGUUGGAGUUGUCUCCAAAACUGGUCUGCCCGACCAGACCAACUUCCUCAAUGUCGACGUCACUGCCGCCGCUGCCCUUCCCCAGAAGCCUUUUGUUUGGCGCCUGGAGACAGUCGGCGUGCCGGGAUACCAGACCGUCAAGGUCAUUGGCGAGCCUGACUCGUCCAAGGCCCAGGGCUUGGUUGUCGACGCCGUCCGCAAGGUGGGGGUCUCUGUCGGGGCUUACGCUGGGGGUGCCGACUUCAGCGCUUGGGAGCAGCACAAGAACCUCCAGCUUCACGUGUCACCGGAGGCAGUCAAGGCUGGCUUCUAUCGCAACCUUUACGCCCUUCAGGGCAAGAGAAGCACCUACUACACGGGCAACGCUUGGUGCUCCGACUACUCUCCCCUCCUGUGGGCAUUCACAGAGACUAGAAUCCUUCCCUCUCUUUGA